AUGGCAGAGGGAGUGAUGAAUGAACGGGCGUUCAGCGAUGGACGCGGGGAGCAGAGGAACGCCACUGACCCCCACCGACACCCCCAAAACAUGUGGGUCUCCUUCUUCCCCAAUGCGGAUGAGGAGAAGGUGGAGAAGAGAGAGAAAAAAACAACAAAAACAACCCAGCGAGUGGAAGGAGAGCCUGCCACGCGGUGUGAAGCUCAAGUCAAGGCUUUUGUCCAGCCGGCUCCGGGAGAAAAAGUAGUAAAUCCCGACCAGUGGAGGACCAGAAGACCGGAGGGGGGGGACGUCCAAGCCCACGGAGCUCCCCUGGUCAAGGAGGAGGUGGGACGGGAAGAGCAGGAACAAUAG